AUGCCCGAACGAGAUGACCCGACGCAAUACGAGAUCCGACCAGAUCCACAACAAUUGACUGGCCACGACGAUCAAUCCCGCAACACAUCGACAGGCGUCGACUAUGAUCCAAACCCAGUAAACAGCAUCAAGCUCCCACCGUCCCGCCAAAAGAUCGUGGACGCCAUCACCCGGCUCUACAGCGGCAGCGCCAGCGAAGAGGACAUGCAAGUCUACGCCGAGAAGUCUGUGUACGACGACCCAUGGAGCUACUGUGACACUCGCUACAAGAUUGCUGGCCAGUGGUACGGAAUCCCGAAGGUUAUGGCGAAGUCGCAGACGCUGAAGACGGAAGUGGUGGCGAAUGAGCCCGAUCGGAUUAUCUUCAAGCAGCAGCAGGAAUAUACGCCGCGUGUGGCGCAUUUCUCCAAGCCGGUCAACUCGCUCAUUACGCUUACGCUGGAUGAGAAUGAGAAGGUGAAGUAUCAUAAGGAUAUGUGGAACCACAAUGACUACUCGCAUGAGGGUCUAGGGAAGAUCAUGAAGACUUUGAACGGAGACUAUCUGACCAAGAUCACGCAGCCGCCGAAAGACCUUUGA